AUGGAUCAUAUACCAUCCCAGCUACGGGAUCUACUUCCGCCAGAACGCGUUUUCACCAGUUCAACUCCCGAGUUCAAGGAGUACGUGAAAUUCUAUAAUCAGUCCUUGACAGACUCGCCUCUGGCUAUCAUCCGACCGGUGACUGAAGAUGAAGUUUCACGGACUCUUCGCUUUUGUUCCACGAUUGGCAUCCGAAGCGCGGUGCGUUCCGGUGGACAUGAUUUUUUCGGUCGCUCGCUAACGGCCAAUGGUGUCCUCCUCGACAUGCGAAGGAUGAAAUCCGUAUCCAUUGCCCCAGAUCAAGGCAGCGUGCGAGUUGGUGGCGGGAUCAUUGCAGGGGACUUGCAGGAAAUACUCGACCGCCAUGGUCUGUUCACCCCAACCGGUCAAUCCAAGACCGUGGGUUACGUUUCGUGGGCUUGUGGUGGGGGGUAUGGAUUCUACGUUGGAUCUUACGGGUUUGGAGUCGACCAGAUCCUAGGGGCGAAGGUGGUAACGGCAAACGGAACGGUGAUCAACACUCGCGAGGACGAAGAACUGCUAUGGGCACUCCGAGGCGCCGGGGCAGGCACUUUUGGGGUCGUGACCGAGUUAACAGUCAAGGUCUACCCCGUGCCAAAGCUUUAUGCCGGGUAUUUAGCGUUUGCACUCUCCCAGGCUCAGGUGGUCCUUGAUGGGUUUCAAAGACUGGUGACGACCCAUUUUCCGGAUGAAUUCAGUGGCGAUGCCCUCGUUGCCCAUGCAGAUAUGCUUCCGCUUGGGCUCUCAGAGCCUUGCUUCGCCUUCCUCUGGUGCUGGACUACGAAAAAUGGAGACCUGGAGCCUGCGAAGAUCUUUCUCCGCAAAAUGACGGACCUUGGGACGGUUCUCGCAAACACGGUAGAGGAGACUAGCCCAGCCGUCUACGGAGUUGGCGACUCGUCGUCACCCACCUUUUUCCGCAGCAUUAAUAUCCAACAACUUGACGCCGAUAUUGGAGCUAUAUUCGAGUCAUUCCCACCGGUAUAUCCAUUAUCAGCAGUUGUCAUACAUAACAACCAUGGGAUAUUUGUAGAGGAGAAACGCCGUGAUGCUGUCGAUUCCUGCUUUGCCAACAGGUUUCCGCACAUCAUCCUAGGAUUCCAUGGCGGCACUUAUUCCGGAGCGGUGUUUAAUACCAGUGCUUUAGCCGAAGCUAGAGACUGGGUAGAGCGGCUGAAAGCGAAGGUCGAGAGGACGGGAUUGGCAAUGACGAAAAAGUUCCCCAGCUUCUGUCCGCCGGAAGAGGUGAAUCUUCUACAGUGUUUUGAUCAGCACACGUUGGACAGGCAGCUUUUGACGCACACGAGUGGGAUGGCGUAUGCGCUUGAAUACGUCUCACCCGAUUUAGUGGAACGUGUAAACGGUAUUAGGCUAGGUGAGGUCAUGCAACGCCACAUCCUUCAACCUCUUGGGAUCAGUGACAUGGAAUUCCGCCUUGAGGAACGUCAGGAUAUGCGAGCUUGCUUGGCCCAAUGCUACGAGCACUCCGAUGAGGGGGUGUUUUAA